AUGAGUCGGCUAUCGCUGACCACCACAACCAGCACCGGCUGUCGGGCCAGCAGUAGGCACAGCGCCAGUACGCCCAGUGGUGACCAAUGGGCGCCCACGGGGGACAAGUGGUGGGAGCGACCGGUGCAGCCGUUGGCCACUGACCAGGAGUGGGAGGAGCACCGGCUGCUCCACAGGUUUCACAUAUGCGGCGGUUACGGGCGUAAGCCUAGGAAACACCCGUUGGAUAACAAACCGCAGAUGAAGGGCAUUGUCCUCAAGACGCUCAUCAAGAAGCCCAAGAAGCCCAACAGCGCCAACAGGAAGUGUGUGUUAGUGAGGCUCACGAGCGGCAAAGAGAAGGUGGCGUUCGUGCCCGGGGAGGGCCACAACCUCCAGGAGCACAGCGUCGUGCUAUGCGAGAAGCGCCGGGUCCGGGAUGUGCCCGGACUCAAGCUGAGGGUCAUCAGAGGGGCCUAUGAUUGCGCGCACGUCGUCAAGAAGUCCCGGUAG